AUGCCUUUCGUCCGCUGUCAAGCGCCGUCCUCCGUAGUCGCGUCACCUCCCACCGUCGCACAACCGCCCACCAUCGCACGACCACCCACCGUCGCACGACCGGCUACCGUCAAACCAGCACGACCGGGUACCGUCAAACCAGCGCCUACCGCGUCGUCAUCGCCCACCGUCGCGCCGUCGUCCACCGCCUCGCCGCCAACCUCGGUCACCAUGGUCGCUGUAUCGACGCCGUCUUCCACGCGACGCGCCGAACGGGUGGAGCCAACCUCCGAGUCGCCAUCGUCCGCAAUCUCGCCGUCGUCCUCCGCGGUCCCUGCGCCCCGCAUCAAGCAACACAAAAAAACAUCUUCAUCCGCGCGCCGCCGGAACGCAACCGCUAACUUCGCUCCGCCGCCGGCCGCGCUGCGGUCCGGAGCGGCGAUGGCGGACUUCCUCAUGUCGUACAGCCGCAUGCUUCACCUCAUGCCCGGCGGUAGCCGCGAUCUCGUCGCCGCAGGUGCCGGCGUCUUGGCGCACGUGCUCGAGUCGCUGCGGACCCUGCUCGAUACGAACCAAGUGAAGGGCGUGGAGGCCGAGCGGUUGCUAUUCGAGGUGGAGAGGGAUUUGGGCCGUCUGCAGUUCGAACUUGCCGUAGCGCCCGAGGCCUUCCCCGUGCAGACAGUGCGCUUGCAGUGCGCGCACGCUGCCCGCGUCCUCCGCUCUGUUUGA